AUGUUUCCUUCUCUGGAGAUGCAAGAAAUGCUGGAAAGCGAGCAGCGCUGUUACGCACCGUCUGAACAGCCCGAGGUUUCUGUCUCAGGGCCUUCUAGCCCAACAUCGGCUGAGUCCGAGCUCAGCUGCUCCAGUCCGGAAACCAAACCGACAGCGGAAGGUCGAGUGAGGAGACCUCUGAACGCAUUCAUCAUCUGGACUAAAGAGGAACGCAGACGUCUUGCGCAGCUCAACCCAGAUCUGGAAAACACCGACCUGAGUAAAAUACUUGGUAAGACCUGGAAAGCCAUGUCUCUGGCAGAGAAACGUCCAUACAUGCAGGAGGCAGAAAGACUGAGGGUCCAACACACUAUUGACCAUCCCAACUACAAAUACCGUCCCAGACGGCGCAAGACCAACAAACGUGCUGUCAAGAUGCCUUCUAGUGAAACCAAUAUCUCACCCAACUUCCACAACUUUAGCUAUAUGGUCCCGAACCAAGAUAUUCAAUAUACAUAUACACACUCACACAUGCUGCCAAACUCGUAUUCACAUGCUUAUGGUCCCAGUUUCCAGCAUCAUCCUGCCCCAUCACAGAAUGGUGCAGCAUUUACAAAUAGAGGGUUAACAUUUCCAGAUGGAGCAGUGCUCUUAAACUCGUCUUUAACAUGCCCACAGCAGUCUGUGUACUCAGCAGAACCCCAGCUGUACUACAGUUCCCAGCAUGCAGUUCAGCAGAGAAGUGAGCAGUGGGAUUUGCGAGGGGCAGAAGUGUGUGCUUGUGUCCUGUGCUCAGGCAGGCCAUCGCUAGAAUUUUAUCUGGAACAGGUACGAGUGGACAUGCUUGACCAGCUGGACCGCAGUGAGUUUGACCAGUAUCUGAAUCCUGUCCAGCCUAAAGACCAACACUUCCAAUAA